AUGCCUUCUACUCCGGACCCAGGCCUCACCUUCCCCCAGCGAGGCGUGGUAGCAUACCACACAACCCACGGCCCGAUUCACGCGCCCACCCUCGCGGCCCUCGACGCCCUCCGCGCCCGCCCAGACUACGACUCCUGCAUGCCCCUCCUCUCCGACCACCAACUCUCAAUCGACUGGGACGAGAUCUACUCUCCUUCCUCCUACUCCUCCUCACUCUCAUCACCGCCAGCCCUACGCACCCCCCAGGCAGAGAUCGACGCUACGUGGGACCCCUACAAGCUCUAUGCAAUGAUAAAACGAAGCCAGCACGACCUAGCUGCCCUCCGGCGCCGCCUCCUCGACGUCGAACGCGCUGUCUACGACGCGGACCGUGUCAACAACAACGCUAAGCGGAGGGAGACGAGCGUGUACCCCGAGUCCUGGGCCCGCCCCGCCGCUACCGCUGUCGACCCCGGCGCCGGGAGCCGGAGGGCGACCUUGGCCGCCGAGGGGACCGUCCCCGACGAAUACGAGCUCAGCAGAUCGUGGGACGUCUACAAGCUCCGCGAGGUGUUCUCCGAUGUCCAGAGGAACGUUGACAGCGCGUUAUAA